CGCAUACGUAUUCUUAUGGAAAUAAGAAUUUGCGGUCCAACCUUAUAUCAUAAUCAGAAGACAUAAAUAGUUCGCUGAAUCCUCUACAUUGUCGCAAGCAUUAAUCAAGCUUUUAUCUACACUUGAGUUACAGAAAAUAUCGAAAUGACUUUUCAAGUAAACGAAGUACCCACAGACCUUCAGAACAGACAUACCUUAGACCUCUUUAGCCUGAAAGGAAAGAAUGCAGUUGUUUUCGGCGGAAGCAAAGGUAUCGGUUUAAAUGUUGCUACAGCCUUUGUUCAAGCUGGUGCGAAUAUUGUGAUGACUUAUCACAGUACUGAUUGUCAAGACAUUGCUACGAAAUUGGCCAAAGAAAAUGGAGUCCGUGUGGAUGUUGUCCAAUGUAACGUUGGCUGCGAGGAAUCUGUAGAAAAGGCUUUUGAAGAAAUCAAGCGCCUUCACGAGAAAAUCGACAUUGUCGUUGCUAAUGCUGGCAUUGCUUACAGAAGAGAGGCCACUGAAAUCACUACCGAAGAGUUCGAACAUGUCAUGAAUGUGAAUGUAACGUCGAUUCACCGCAUUGCAUCUAGAUCAGGUCAAAUUUUCAAAAAGCAAGGAUUUGGUAAUUUUAUUGCUACUUCCUCCAUGUCGGGAUCCAUUGUCAACACUCCUCAAACUGUCUCGACCUAUUGCACUUCUAAGGCUGCCGUCAGGCAUUACUGCAAGGCAUUGGCCGUGGAAUGGGCUGGCUUUGCUCGUGUGAACACUGUGUCUCCUGGAUACAUUGCUACCGACAUGCCCGGAUAUCAAUUUAGAAAGGAAUGGGCGCCUUACGUUCCUAUGCAACGUAUUGGUUUGAGCACGGAACUGCGUGGUACAUAUCUAUUCCUUGCUAGUGAUGCUUCUACUUUUGUUACUGGUUUAGACUUGAUUGUGGAUGGUGGCUAUACUGUCAUUUAAGGCGGAUUACCAUGCCACCGCGCGCCAUUCAUGGACUGUAAUGAAAUAAAUGUUAUGAAGGAAACGUAACUCUUCAAAUAUUGACAAAUGCUAUGAAUUUGUUCCAACUUUUUUAUAUUUUACGGAUACUCUUUAUUUUUUUUGAUCGUGGAGAUUGCAACCCGAACCUUCAUUAACGCUUGAUUAAUGAAGAUCCAAACAUGAUGUUAGUAUGAGCAAAAAACCCCUAGAAUUCAUUCUUUUUUUUUAGAACUUUUUGAGAUGAUAUUUAGACUGAUGCAAAUAUUUUAGCAAGAUGUGACUUGCAACGAGUGAGAAAAGCAACAUAUAGAAUGUUGCUGAAAACUGACAUAGAGGCGCGACAUCCGAACUGGCACAUCGCGAUUUACGAUAGGCCUUGGGUUUACAGAACCCUUUUAUUUGUAUCCAAAAAAUGCUGAAAGUCUGCAUAUUCUCUCAUGAACGAGGAGGCUGUUUCCCGUUUCUGCUUCUGUUAAAAAAAAUCAUGAGUACUCUGAAAUAAUGGCCGUUAUUAGAAGAUUUCGAGGCCAAGCUUCCUGAAACUAUAGUUAUAAACAAUUGAUGUCAAAUAACCGUUUCUUUUUUCCUUUGUUAUACAUAUAGAGAUAGAUUACAUAUAACAAUGAUAUGAGAUUCGUCGCCAUAAAAUACAGGAACGUAAGCAAAACUAAUGAACCACAAUUCCUAAGUAAAACGCAAAUGUUUCAAGUAUGAUGCUUGAUAAUCCGAGAAGCAGCUUCUUUUGCUACUUUAGGACGCUGGUCAUUCUUCUCUUCUGAAUUAGGCUGGACUUGCUUUUCAGCGUGUUUUAUUUUUCCAACGUAUUGCUUGACUCGCUGUAACUCAGACAUGAUUGAAGCUUCAUUUGUAGAAGCACCAUGAAGCUUGUAAUAAGAAUACAGAGCAGAAUUAAUGGCAUAGCUAAGACUUACAUACUGCUUUGCUUGUUCUAAAUCAUCUUUUUCCUCGACAAGAUCGAAAAUAGAUUCAGAGUCUUUUAAAGGCUGCAAUAUCUCUUCCACCUGAUUCAAUUGUUCAUUUAACCUCUCAAAUAAGUGAGAAUACUCGGAAUUCAUUGUAUUUUUUGAGAUUUGACAACGCCAAAGUAGUAUAGAAAAUUUGUGUAUAGGAUGAAUAGCGAAACACUUGUAGAGUC